AUGGCGCCGGUGAUGGUGGUGUCACCACCACCACCACCAACAACAACAACAAUCGUGGAGGGCGUGGUGGAAGAGGAAGAGGGAGUGGAAGAGGAAGUGGACGAGGACGAGGACGAGGCCAAGGAAGAGGCCAAGGAAGGGGAGGCGGCGGCAGUAUUUGGCCGCAGAAAUCGUGGCGGCGUGGUGAGACUCCGCGGCUUUGUGGGACGUGGCCGUGAUGGGACUUUGUCCCGGAGCCAGCUUAGACGUGCAUUGGAGGCGGGUCUUAUCCACCCGGAGCAAAUCGUCGGGCAGCAGCAGCAGCAGCCUCAGCAGCCUCAACAACAGGCUCAACAACAGGCCCAGCAGCAAGUUCAACAGCAAGCUCAACAGCAGCAGGCGCAACAACAAGCCCAACAGCCUCAGCAGCCUCAGCAGCCUCAGCAGCAGCAGCAGCAGUAG